AUGGCUCUGUCUGUCUAUAUGGACGAGUAUCACAGUUCUCAACAAGUGUGCCCAGACGAUGUCCUGUUAAGCUGGGCUUCAGAACAUGAGAAGAGGAAAGGUGAAGCAUUUCAAAACCUCAACAAGCUCGCCAACAGCAACAUCAAGGUAAACAGAAACUACUCAAUAACACAUGACGGUAGAUCUCAGGCUGGGAGUCCAAGACAGAAGGUCAAGAAGACAGGAAGUAAGAGAAUUUCCAUGGCACCAAGAAGUGACAUCAGCUGCACCAGACUGGGAGGCAUCUGCCAACCACACCGAUACGUCUGCCAAGGCCGCUACCUAAAAGACAAGUGUUCAGGGGCCAAAAUGCGGCAGUGUUGUAUGCCAGUUGGAGCCUGGAGUGUAUUUUGCAAUGGUCACCACAACAACAGAGUGAGGGCAUGUGAUGUGCACGGCUGUGGCGCUUUCAACUCCAAAAGAGGUAAUGGCCUCCAUAAAGCAGUGGACCUGGUGUGUGAUGACUAUGGGAUUGUCAACGCUCCAUUUUCAGGAACUCUGGCGGGUCCAGUGAGUCAGAAAGACCCAGCAGGGAAUCAUUAUGAUGGGGUCAAACUUCUCAGUGAUGUGCACUGUGUGAAGAUCUUCAACAUCCGUCCUUAUCGUUACAUCGGCCCUGUGGCUCGGGGAGAAGCCAUGGGUUAUCUGUUGCCGCUGCAGGAACGCUUCUCUGGCAUCACCUCACACUUGGAGCUGCAAAUGUGUGAUGGCACUGAUCCUUCACCUUUUAUAUAA